AUGACUGAGCUCCAGGAUAGUCACAACUUCCUUCUUCCCGAAGAGUUUUUCCAAUCUGUGAAGCGAGGGGAAUUCAAGUCUCCUACAAAAAUCAUUUACAACCCGGAGGAUAAUCUUGCUGGGAACCCGGUCAUCAAAACUAGGGUUCUCCUUCGCUUACAAGUAGGUGGCCAGGAAGAGCAGCCAUUGUUCUUAUUGCAAUUCGCUCGUCCAAAGGUCUGGAGAAUCAGGUUUGAUCCGGAAAGUCUUGCUCCAGAACAAUACGACGACUACAAUUCUCGUACCAUAAUCUCGGAUACAUUGUCAAAUCUCAUCAGAAUCCUCGGUUGUGCUGAAAAUAUCGUCUGGCGUACCAAAUUCGAUGCAGGAUCCGACCUGGACCCCUUCUACGUUUUUAAGACCGUUCAAUAUCCCACCAAGAAAGACCUGAAGGCAGGUAUCAAUGGGAGAACUAUAACUGAGCUCAACAUUUAUAAGAAUGAAUUUAAAAUUGAGACUGUGCGUUCUAUCGAGGAAUCGGGCCUAGGAGAUCCUCCUGUUCUUCAAGGAGCUACCAGCAAAGCCGUAUUCAAAAGGAAAGUAGUUUGGGAGACUACUGGAGCCGGCUUGUCUUGGAAAAAAACCGGGGCUGCCAACGCUACUCUUUUGACAGCCAAGAAACCCGGCUAUGCACGCUACCUCGGCUGGGGAGAUCGAGAGCAAGGAGGGGAGGGGUUCUCAAAGAAGAGCACACUCAUGAACUACUUUAACUUCGACAACAUGACUUAUAGCAGUGUCUACAAUCAAGGGCCGCUUGACGAGCGCGAACCAUUAUACCACUCCGAGCCAUUUUGCCUCUACAGCUCGGUCAUGGAACGCGCUCGUCUCAAGCCUAGAUAUGUUCUUGGCCAUCAUCAAGGAUAUUACGGCUAUGAUACUCGCAAGAAGGUUCUAAAAUUUGCGCAUGCCUACAAAGACAGAGAUACCCCAUUGGAUGGGAUCCACAUCGAUGUUGAUCUACAGGAUGGCCUACGUACAUUUACUAUUGAUGGAGUUAAAUGUAGCACAAACAUCACUCCUGUAAUCAACCUCACGCCAACAGAGACUUAUAAAACGCUCAAUGAAGGCCUUGAGAAAGGGCAUUUCAUCCUAGAUAAGCGAUACGAUGACGGAAAUGGUGUCAUUCCUCCGCAUGAGGUUGAAUAUGUGUGCUACGAGAACGGAAUCAAGCUAAAUAUCGAUCCAGUCAAUGAGAUGGGGCAGUUUCCCGGGGCUGACUACAACUUUGUGGAAUGGUACAAUAGUGGGAAGCCAUAUCGUGGGGGAGUGGGUUAUGGAGGCACACUUGGCGCGCCGGGCAUUAUCCAAACCUUAAUAACGCUGCGACUAGAAAAUGAAUAUGGCGACAUGAAAGGACUUCCCUUUCGCCUCAUGGCUACGUAUGAGGGACUCAACGCUUUAAAAGGCCGCGAGAAUAAACGCAACUUUAUCAUCGGCCGGGGGAGCUAUGCUGGGGCACACAAAUGGGCUGGCUUGUGGACUGGAGACAAUGCAUCAACCUGGGAUCAUUUUCAAACUUCUGUAAACCAGGUUUUAUCUUUGGCCGUGGAACCUGUCUGCCGUUAUUAUGUCCAGCUCCGAUACAGCUUGCUGCAGCUCAUGUACGACGCGGUGUUUGAGCACCAGUUCUACGGAUUGCCCAUCGUUCGAGCUCUUCUGAUCACCGACAGCGAAGAUACCUCUCUGUUCACCGAUAAUGACUGGGCACUUAGCAAUGAAUGUGUGGUCGGUCGGGAUCUUCUUGUCGCUUCUAUCAUGCAUAAGCAAGAUGAGAAGGGGGGACAUCGUUCAGCGGAGGCGGGAUCAUUCCACAGAUUGAAGUCCGUCAAUCUGCUGACGACAAAUCCAAGAAGGUUAUCAGGUGAAAAUUAUAAGGAGGUGAGGAUCGAACAAGAGUGGGACGUCGCAGACUUGAAUCGUACCAUUACAAUCACUACUCUCUGGGAUGGAUAUCACCUUGACAGAGUCCAAAAGGAUAUUGGGGAUCACUACACGGUUAUCUGA